AUGUCUACCCAGACUCGGUCAAGUACUCCAGGCCCAUACCCAACGACCAAACCGAAGGGAAUCAGUCCACCCAUUGAGAUCGCUAGUCCCUCCACAUAG